GGCAGGGACUAACCGUUUUAAACAAAUAACAAAAACGAAGCUAGUGUACAAUUUUUGGAGACUAGAAUUAAGUGCAUGGCAUUGUAACAGAUGGUGUUUCAAGGAAUGUAGAUCAAUUUACUGUGACACGUUCUUGCAUGUAUUUCCAGGGGUGAAGUAGGGUGAGUUAGGUCAAUGUGUAGCGUACUCUAAGUGCGACACUAGCGUAAUGUUAAAAUCAGUGCAGAGACUUUACGACAACACCCCAGAUGUGACACCUUACCAAACGUCGGUAGAUCCGGUGACUCACGGAUCCGGUGCCUCGAACGUUCUCUCUUUCAGCAGCUCAACCAGCAGUUCAAACGUGGUCAAGCCGGAAAGCUCUUCACAGAGUGAAGGUAAUCUAUUAUUAGUGAUCACGGUUGUUGCGGUUGUGAUCGGUUUCGUGCUCGGAAUCAUGGGUCGAACGCUGUCACCCUCGGAUGAUAUCAUCACAUUAGUGUCGUUUCCGGGUGAAAUGUUCAUGGGCAUGUUGAAAAUGCUUAUACUGCCCCUUGUCGUAUCGUCGGUUGUUGCUGGUCUAGCCCAGAUGGAUCCUAAAUCCAGUGGUAAGAUCGGCAUGCGUGCACUGACAUACUACUUCGCGACAACGAUCAUCGCUUCUAUUCUUGGUAUUAUCAUGGCAACCGUGAUAAAUCCUGGCGACCCUUCGUUAAAAACACGCACAGCACCCCGUUCAGAAGAAGUCCGGCAGAAACUUUCAACCAUGGACGCAUUUCUUGACCUUAUCCGAAAUAUGUUUCCCGAAAACCUCGUUCAAGCAUGCAUUCAAAGGGCGGAGACACAGUAUGAAAAUGUUACGUCCAUAGAAGUUAACACGGGCGAGAAAUCAUAUAGGACCCAGCGAAAGAUGGUGUAUAAAGAUGGGACGAACAUCCUAGGCAUUCUGGUGUUUUUUGUCGUGUUCGGGAUUGUUACAGGACAAAUGGAAAACAGAGCCGAUAUCGUAGUGAGAUUCUUUGUUCAACUGAAUGACGUAACAAUGAGGAUGGUUUUUCUCGUGAUUUGGUUUUCACCGUUGGGCAUUAUGUCGCUGAUCAUUGGCAGGUUACUAUCCCUUGAGAAUAUAGACAUUAUAGCUUCACAGCUCGGCUUAUACAUGCUUACCACUUUCCUCGCACUACUCGUUCAUGCGCUUAUCAUGCUCCCCCUCAUCUAUUUUCUUAUUACUCGACAGAACCCAUGUGCGUUCCUUAAGGGGAUGAUGCAAGCCAUUGCCACAGCGUUAGCUACAUCAUCCAGUUCAGCCACUCUACCCGUGACCUUCCGGUGUUUGGAAGAGAACCUUAAUAUUGACAAACGCGUAACACGCUUCAUUCUGCCGAUCGGGGCCACCGUUAACAUGGAUGGUGUGGCAAUGCAUGAACCUAUCAUAGCGCUGUUUAUUGCGCAGAUCAAUAACAUCUCCCUCGGUUUUGGCGACCUAACAAUAUUAACUAUUAUGUCAAUUGCUUCAUCGAUUGGUGCCGCUGCGAUUCCAUCGGCCGGUAUUGUGACGACACUCCUUGUCCUGACUUCUGCGGGUCUGCCCACCGAUGACGUAUCUUUUGUUAUUGCAGUUGACUGGAUUAUCGAUCGCGGUCGAACCGCAGUCAAUGUGCUAGGAGAUGCUUUCGGCGCGGGCAUCGUAGACUACAUGAUAAAAAAACAACCGGAGAAAAAAGUCGAAAAGGUUGUCCCUCGGGUGGCACCUAAGACAAUUCCGGUCGUCCAAACCGUUGAUAACAGUGGAUCCGAGAGCACCAUUUCAGAGUACGACGAGGUACGGCACGCUGUAUGACUCACUGAUUGUCAUGAGAAUCGUUC